AUGUUUGAAACCUCUCCCAACGCCUUUUUCCCCGACAUUAUCAUGCAACCAGCCUUGGACAGCGAUUAUGACCUUGAGGUAUGUCGACUCGAUGAAACAUCAAGCCAGCCACUUUUCGAUGCACUAGAUAAUUCAGAUAGCCUUCAAAACUUCGAUGAGCCCAUACCGAAUGAUCCAGUACUUCUUGAUGCCGCAUGGAAUUUCUCUUCGCCGAAAAGGUUCGACGGUUCUCCUUCAACUCGAAUAGAGUCGGAUCAAUGGUCUGUAGAGGAUAUUUUGGCCAGCUAUGUCCCAGAAACUCCUUCCAUUUGGACCAAUAACCCUGUAGAAGGAGAUGACGAUCAGCAAGAAGCGGUAGUCAGCCCUGGAACGUCUGAAUCGUCACCAUUAUGCUACUUGGAAAAUCUUGACACUUCCUCUAGCCUGAUGCAUCCUAUUGUGCACGGAUCGACACCAUGUUCAAACCCCGACAUUAGUGGUGAAGCCCUCCAUGAGCCAGGGAAGCAUCUGCAAGUGAAAAAAAAGCGAACCAGGGUAAGUGCGAGUGCUAAGAAGGCAGCAUUUCUAAAGCUUGUGUCAGAAUUGCAACUUAGACAUACUAGACGCAAACAACCACUUGGAAUUCUUCUCAGGAAAAAUGUUGCCAAAGAACUCGAUAUAGAUGUAAAGGAUAAGCCUAUAGUAUUGAGCUUUCGUGGUUAUUCUCUUGAAUGUGCAAUUGCUUAUUUAGUCAAUCAAUCGCGCCAAUUUCAGCGGAAUGGGUCUUUCAGAACAAUAUGGAGAUAUAAAAGAAAACAAGAGGGUCCCAAAAUUAUACUCGAGCUUGCUCUUUCCAACAGUAAGGAACUAAGUGAUUCUGAGACUUUUCAGUUUUCUGUGGUUUCAAGAUACCUCCCCUAUGGGUGCUUCGGAAAACCCACUUAUACUAUCAAGCGGAAGCCAAACAAGGUACAGGAGGAAUUGGACAGGGAAAUUGAAGCAAAAGGACAAGAAACGCAUUGCUGGAGACAUUUUGUCACGAGUUUUGAAUAUUUCAAAUUGGUCACAUUUAUGUUAGGCAAAACUUAUGAUUUUACUUUGAAUGAUAACCAGACUGGAGAGACUAGGGGCAGCGAUGGAAAAGUUAUAUCUGCAGAAAAGAGGCACGAUAUGAGAACCAGGUCUCAUGCGAAAAUCUACUUCGAAGGCAAGACUGUGAAGAGCGCUAACGAACUGAUUAGAGACGAAGACAAUGAACUACGAAAACCUUUCAUUGUCGGUACAUUUCAUCAAAUAAUGGGAUAUACUCACAAAAAGCCAUUCGGUUCUGAUUCUUCUUUGUCCGUCAUGGAAUUCAAAUAUCUUCCGGAUGCAUUACAAAAAGAGAUCAACUUCCAUAUCUAUCAGAUAAUUCAGGACUAG